AUGAGAAUAAUUAAAAGGGAUCAAAGAAGAUUUUAUGUAAUUCAGUUCAUAGAGUUACCUUUCGAGGGCAUUGAUGACUACGUGUGUGUGCCCUAUUCCUGGAUAAUAUUUCUAAAAUCUCCAAAUCGGAAGAUAGUUGUGAAUUACCCGAACAACGAAGAUCCCUUGGAAACGAGAGAACGCGUUAGAAGAAAAGAGCGACCAAAUGAGUCAUGGAGGUUCUAUAUGGCCUACCUUAAAUAUGAAUCAGAUAAUUUAAAUGAUGCUGAUUUAUGGAUUGCGAGGAAUGAAGAAGUAUCAAGUAAAAAAGAUACUGAACCAGAACCUCAACUGAAUAGAAAGCUACGAAGUGCCAAUCAAUAUAUUUGGCCAGAAAGGAACUCAGACAAGCCUUAUAUAACAGUGAAACCCUAUAACAAUCCUCGAAAACCAUUACCAAGAACUUCGAUACGACGACCGCUAUCUCAGGAAUCUAAACAACACCUGAAUAACAAGUGCUUGAAAUCAGAUGAAAAUCCAGAGCCUGAGGAGGUCAUUACUGAGCACAUAACUGCAAAGUCUGGCAGCUCAAAACGAGAACAAUCAGUAAUCAUCACUGGCAAUCAGGUGAUUCAAAAAAAUCAGACGAAGACAAACUACGCUUCCAAUGGUGAGAUAAACGCCGAGCGGAGUGCUCAACCUGAAGUUAUAAAGGAAAAUCAGUCAGUUGUCCUUUUAGUUCCUUCUACUUCAGCAAAACUUCCGGUUGAGCAUCAACUUUCACUGCAGCCGCCAACCGAGCAACAACUGUCACUGCAGCCUCCAAAUGGUCGAGAACCUUCACCGCAACCUCCAAUCGAUCGAGAACCUUCACCGCAGCCUCCAAUCGAUCGACAACCUUCACCGAAGUUUAUAGCUGAGCAACAUUCUCCAUCAAAGUCUUCAGGCGAAAAACAACCUUCACCUGUAGGCGAAGACUAUCAGCGACCUGUUAGCAUAUCUACUGUAGAUCUGAAUGGAUCUAAGGGAGAUCUCGAUAGCUGUAAAAACGUUUUGCCUGAGCCUAACACGGAUAAAAGACCAUCAACUAAAACUUCUCCGAGCAAUUUCAAACCGGCUCAUCAGCCUGAUUCGAUGAACGAGAGACCAACUCCACUGGUUCGUCAUGAAAACUCACUUCCCGAGCCGCACUCACGAGAUGUACCCAAUGACUGCCAAAAAUCUCAACUUCAAUGGAUUUUGACUUCGCCAAACGUAGUACCGAACUCCCCCGGUACAUCUAACCAGCUUUUUCAGCAAUAUGGAUGCCCUCAAUUACAAAAUUUUUCAGUUAAUAGCACUUCGAAUACGAAAUUCCAAAUCCAAGGAUUCAGUGGGAAAAAUUAUAUUGGAGUCGCUGAUAACCACUCAUUUCUGUGCUCUCAAGACAUUAUUAAUAGCAUGCCAUCUACUUCUCAUCAUGAACCCUCUUCGGAAAAACUGACUCAAAUGUUAAAACAAAAAGCUAGACAACAACCUUCAGCAGUGAAGAAAGUGAAAAAUCCCGUUGAUAAGAAAACUAACCUAGAGGGUAUCGCAAGAAAUAUUACAACCCUACAAUAUCCACCAAACUCAAUGAGACAACUCGGCUUACCUGGUAGUUCAACAGUCGCACAAUCUGCACAAUUUGCUCAACAUCACUUACGACAGGCACAAAUUGAUGGAUCACUCAUAAAUGACGAUAGACAUGCAAUGAGAGAUAACUUUAUUUAUCAGAGAGAUCCCUGUCCCCAAGGUAUGAUGAAAACAUCAGCCGCACAGAACCUCUUAAAGUUAGCUCACCAGUAUAACCCUUUUUGUGGGAUAUCACAUGAACAACAAUAUUUGCCGACUCGGGACGACUAUCUGCAGCAAUACACACAUCUUCAAGAUACGCUUAGAAGGCCAAGCAUGACUCCAACACUUGAUCAGAUGGCUUAUUAUCAAAAUGCUAUGAUGAACGGAGGAUCCGUCAGUCAACCGAACCCGAUCAACCAGCCCAUUCAGUUUCUUUCCCAAAAUGUAAAUCAUUACGUACCGAUUAACAACGCGUACUCACAAGAAGUAAAGAGCCAUGAACUGAUAAAGAGAUAUACUGACGGAACUCACAUUAUUCACCAGCCUAUUACUCCCAAGGAAGUGAAUAUUCAAUUUCCUGCACAUAACUUAUCAAGCCAGUCACAUCAGGAUGCCGAACAUCCACAAAAAGAACAAAGUCAACAGAAUUAUCGAGACCCACGUACAACAAACACACAAAAUGGCCUUCCGCUCAAAUCGAUACAUAGAUCUCCUAUUCCUAAGCCUCGAAAAAUCACUAGGAGAUCACGAUCACUCUCUACCUCGAAGACUCCAAGUCAGGCACUUCAGGAUGCUCAGAGAAGCUGUUUAAUGCGAGAACUGAAUAUACAGGAAACAGUAAAUCAAAGUUCUACAAAAUCUAAUAAUACAAAUCUAGCAGCUAUUUCUGAAAACCAGACGGAAGAACUAGCUUCUUCUACGGAAAACAUUAAAGUUCAACAUAUACCAUCAUCUAACCAAAUACAGGCAACACAAUUUACUUUAGUUCAAAAUGAGCAUAACUGCCAAUGCUCUGGUAUGAAAAAAACAAUGAUUAAUCGAGCUACCGAAACAGAUUUAAUGAUGGAUGUCAGUCACUGUGUAGAAGCAAUCGCUGGACCUUCUUUUUCUGAAAACACUUCAAGAGCAGUGGAAAGUGUGUGUCAGACGGAUGAAUGGUUGGAAAAAGACGAAGGCUCACAUUAUCAAGAGACAUCUUCAGAUUCUGAAAAUUCAACAGACAACGAUAUUGAAUCAGAAAACGAAGUAGUUCCAGAAGCUAAUCAGGCGACUCUGACAGCUGAACAAAACCUUACACAGGAAAAUCAACAUAAACAAUCCAGAAUAAUUGUUGAGCAAGACACGUUGGAUAUAAUUGGUACUCUCUUUACUCAAAUGGGAGCCAAUUUGUCUCUCACACGUGACAUGUUCGAUGACUUACGCAUGUCCUACCUCGUAAGUGCACAAACAUACAAAGAAUUAUUAAAAAACGUCGAUAAAUUGAACUCGAUAGAGCCCCUCCAAAAUUCUGCGUCUCCACCUAACAAUGUGAUAUCACAAGUUACUCAAGAAAUACCAGCUGGAGACAACGAUAACACUACUAGUGUGGACAAUGCAACAACUUCGAUUCAUGAGCAAAGAGGUACGUUCUCUCUGCCACCAGAAUAUGAUCCAAAUGAUACCAGGUGGACUCUAAAGUACCGAGAAAAUAAGCGAGGACUCGUCGAGCUCAUACCUCGAACUGGAGUUUACGUCAAAAGAAAAGAGCUGAUACGUUGCAAACGGAAUUCAAACGACGUUAGAACGCUGGUACGCUUGCUGUUAACAGAAGUUUUCAGCCAAAACGCUUUACGUGUGUGCUCAUGGACAGGUGGAAAAGCAAAAGCUUUUAAUUCCGCGGACAUUGACGUCAGGCCAGGACUAGAUGCAAAUGCGAGAAUGGUCCUGCUAACAUUCGUUGAACAAUACGGGGUCAAAUGUGGUUGGACUAUAGCCAACCCAUCAGCUGUCAUGAGUACUAUUAGGUCCAAGAUUAAUGACAUAAGAGCCAAGUAUCAGCAGACAUGCAAAGCUUUGCAUGUUAAAUAA